CGCGUAAGUAAAAACGUUAAAAGAAAUUUCCGCUGAAUUUCGAUAACAGAAAAUUUCGAAAAGUUCAAACGAUGCUGCCAACAGAUACCCUCUUCCUACUGGCGGCCCUCGUCGGGCUAUUCUAUGUAUGGUGUCGCUACACCUACGGUUAUUGGCAGCGACACAAGAUUCCCUACAUCCAACCAAUACCCAUAAUUGGAAACACAAAAGUCAUGUUCACGUUGAGUAAAAGUUUCUUCUUGUAUCUCUCCGAUGUUUAUGACGAUGAUAAAAUGUCCAACGCCGCUGCAGUCGGUAUUUAUAUAUUGAAUAAGCCAGCGAUUGUGCUACGCGAACCGGAACUAAUUAAGUCUGUGCUAAUUAAGGAUUUCCAAAAGUUCUCCAAUCGUGCUGGCGCCUGUGAUCCACACGGAGACGCCUUAGGUUCGAACAACUUGUUUUUCAUGCGUAAUCCACAAUGGAAAGAGUUGAGAACGAAAAUUUCACCGAUCUUCACAACGGGCAAGAUCAAGAAUAUGUAUCCGCUUAUGACGGAGAUCGGUCAAGAGUUAGAAACCAAUUUGAAAACGUAUGCUAAGUCAGGUGAUUCCUUCGUGACCGAAGUCAAAGAGGUAUGUGCACUCUUCACUACCGAUAUGAUAGCAUCGAUCGCUUUUGGUAUUAAAGCCAAUAGUUUGGCUAAUCCGAAUGGCGAGUUUCGUAAGCAGGGCCGAAAAAUUUUCGAUUUUACACUUCGUCGAGCGAUUGAUUUCUCCAUCGCAUUCUUCUAUCCGAAUUGGGUAUCGAAAUUGCGCAUAAAAUUGUUUACCCCAGAGUUUAGCACAUUCCUACGCGGCACCAUCAGUCAUGUAAUGGCCGAGCGAGAGAAGAGUAAGGCUACACGUAACGAUCUAAUCGAUGUGCUGGUGAAUAUUAAAAAAGAGGCUAUCGAAAAUGGUGAAUAUAAUGCCAAGAUGCAGGAUGUAUUGGCAGCGCAAGCUGCACUAUUUCUGACAGCUGGCUUCGAAACGUCAUCCUCAACAAUGACAUUUACCUUGUACGAACUAUCUAAACGGCCCGAUUUGCAAAAACGCUUGCGCAACGAAAUAUAUGAAGCAUUAGUGGCUGAAAAUGGUAAAUUAUCUUAUGAGACUAUUAGCAAUCUGCCAUAUCUGGGCAUGGUGGUGGACGAAGUGUUACGUCUCUAUCCCGUCUUGCCGAUACUCGAUCGCCAACAUUUGCACAAAGAUGGAGAAAGUCCAUUUGAUCUAAAACCAUAUUACGAUUAUACAGUACCAAAGGAUAUGUCUGUUUAUAUACCGUUGUUUGCUAUACAACGUGAUCCUAAGUAUUGGCCGAAUCCGAACACCUUUGACCCGGAACGCUUUAGUCCCGAGAAUAAGAAUACACACCCACCAAUGGCAUACAUGCCAUUCGGCAAUGGUCCACGUAAUUGUAUCGGCAGUCGUAUUGGUUUGCUGCAAUCAAAACUUGGUUUGGUUCAUAUUUUGAAGGAUCACUAUGUUGCGACUUGUGCGAAGACGCCGGAGGAGAUAACCUUUGAUCCAUUUUCUUUCGUUUUAAGUUAUAAGGAUGGCAUUUACUUACGGUUUGUCAAUGAUAAGCUCUACGAACGGAGUGCAAAUAAAUGAGAAAUUGGUUUAGUAGUGAUUAAAAAAAAACUAUGU